AUGGACUCACUCCCAGCUCAUUUGAGACAAUAAAAAAAAUAAAUUUCUUUGAUCCUCUAAUCAAGUUAAAAUCUUAUUUAAUUGUAAUUUUGAAUUAUGACUUAAUAGAUCCCAAAAAUUAGUUUAGACAAGUUAAUCAGAAAUAAAUUUCUAACCAGGUCCAAGAUUAAAUCCAAAUCAAAUUGAAAGUAAAUCUGGAGAUACUGGAGAUCUCUUUGAAAGNUAAAAAAAAAAGUUGAUUUAAGUUAAUCUGGUACAAGUGAAAGCCAAGUAAAUUAGAAAAAUAAAAUACGAAUUGCUUUUAAACCAAUAAUUAGAUUGAGAAAUAAGUUUCUUAAUGGGAACAAUCCUAAUGGUUAUUCAUUAGCUAAUUAUAAAGAAAUAGUAUGCAAUUUUUGUCUAUUGCAUCUAGAUAAUUAAUACUCCAAAUAAGAAGAUAAUUAAUCAUUUUCCAUAAUAACUUUAGAAUAACAUCAACAAACACAUUCUCAAACUAUUACAACAUAAUGUAAACAUAAAUAUCAUUAUGAUUGUUUCCAAAAUAAUAUUAAAUAAUAAUUGGAUCAAUAAAAAUCAACAAUCUCUUGUAUAUGUGGAAAAAAAAUAAAUAAUAAAUUGUUAAAAUAAUAUACUUCUGAUGUAUUGAUAAGAAAAUUAUUGAAAAUUUAACUUGAAACUAUUUACUCAAAAUAUUAAGAAUCACUUAAUUUAAAAUAAUGUAAUACAUGUACAUUUUUUUGGGUAAAAUCUGAUACUUAACUAUAUCUUCCAAUAUGCAUUUAUUGUUUGCUAUCAUAUAAUACUAAUGAUACUACAAAAUCUUCGAAUUUAAGUUAAAUUACCAAAUAAAAGAGGUUGAGAUCAAUUAGCAUGUAGUGA